CCAACUUCUAUAGAUGAAUAUUAGUAAUUUAUUCCAUGGAAAUUUUGAUUAGUAUCCUUAUUGAGGGAACUGUAUUGAAAAGUUGUGGAGGUGAAUUUUGGAUGGAAAUUGAACUGGCUGUGAUUUUUGGAUGCAGACAAACUUUUGUCAUAUCACCGAUCGUUACCUGCCUUCACAAUGAUAUUAUCCCGCUGCAAAGCGCGGGCGGUCAGCUAGUAUAUAGUAAAGUCAAUGGAUGCACAGACAUGGAACCAGAGAACCCAUCUAACAUUACGCAUGACGUAUUCGCUACAAUAAUCAAUAAUAUGAUGACAUAUUGGCCAGAUGUUGGGCAUCCCAAUACCUAUGGUUGGCGUGAAGACUUUUGGCGGAGUCAAUUUGAGAGACAUGGAAUGUGUUUUGAUUUUCCUAACCGUCCUAUCUUUUAUUUCUUGGUAAUGUUGCAUCUAGCAAGAAAGUUUGACAAUAUUCUUGAUAUACUCAACCAAGGGUAAUUAUAUAUAUGCGCUUGUGGGAUAGUAUUACUAU